UGUAGAAGACACCAAGAAAGUAAAAACUUAUGGAUUUCCAAUUGUUCCUGCUUGUUCUAUUUUCUGUCAUAUGGGCAUGCAUUUUUUUCAUAACCUCAAAUUCAAAGCACCGAAAAUCCGCUAAACUUCCUCCGGGGCCUUAUCCUUUUCCGAUAAUAGGGAACAUUCUACAACUCGGCGAAAACCCCCAUCAGUCACUUGCCAAACUUUCCCAAACCUAUGGACCUCUUAUGCAUCUUAAAAUGGGGUAUCGUGAAACAAUAGUUGUUUCAUCACCAGAAAUGGCAAAAAUUGUACUACAAAAAUAUGAUCAAACCUUCAGUAGCAGAACUGUCCCCGUGACACUUGAAUCCGUCGAGCAUGGCAAAUUUUCUAUGGGUUUUAUGCCAGUUGAUAAUCAAUGGCGUAAACUUCGCAGAAUAUUGAAGGAACAGAUGUUUUCACUGCAAAGGCUUGAUGCAAGCCAGGGCAUUCGACGAGAAAAAUUGCAAAAACUAUACGAGUAUGUGAAUCAAUGUCGUGUUAAUGGUCAUGCAGUGGAUAUAGCUGAGGCUACAUUUACAACCUCACUUAACACGAUAUCGUCGACUCUUUUCUCAGUUGAUUUUGCUGACUUUGAUUCUGAUUCCUCUCAAGAGUUCAAGGAUGUUGUGUGGAAUGUAAUGAAAUGUAUUGGGAGUCCUAAUCUUGCAGAUUACUUUCCAGUUCUUAAAUAUGUUGAUCCACAAGGCAUCUCACGCCGAACCAAGUUUUAUUUCGGAAAAUUAUAUGCCAUUCUGGAUAGUAUUAUAGAUCAAAGGUUGAUAUCCAGAGGUACAUUAGAGAAAAAUGAUUUGCUGGAAGCCCUUCUUGAUCUCUACCAAAAGCCUGAGCCAGAAUUAAGCCGAAAUGAAAUAAGGCAUAUACUAAUGGACUUAUUUUUUGGCAGCACGGAUACAGUUCCAUCUACUGUUGAAUGGGCAAUGGCUGAAUUACUCCGCAACCCCAAGACGAUGUCGAGAGCUAAAAAGGAGCUUAGUGAAGUGAUUGGAGAGCAUGGUGUGAUUCAAGAAUCAGAUAUUUCAAAGCUCCCUUACUUACAAGCUCUUGUGAAAGAAACACAUAGGCUUCACCCUGUCGCACCCUUGUUAGUACCUCAUAAAGCUGAGGCCGAUGUAGAAAUCAAUGGUUACAUAGUCCCGAAAAAUGCGCAAAUACUUGUUAAUACAUGGGCAACCAGUAGAGAUUCAAAUAUUUGGUCGAGUUCAGAUUCGUUUAUGCCAGAAAGAUUUUUAGAUCGCAAAAUUGAUUUCAACGGUCAAGAUUUCAAGUUCAUUCCCUUUGGUGCUGGGAGGAGGAUGUGCCCGGGAUUGCCUUUGGCGAACCGGGUAGUACACGUCAUGUUGGCCACUUUGAUACACAACUUCGACUGGAGACUUGAACAGGGACUAAAACCAGAAGAAAUUGAUAUGAGCGAGAAAUUCACUACUACUCUACACAAGGCCAUACCUCUCAAGGCUUUUCCAAUCAAAUUGUGAUCUUUUUCUUUGUUUUACAAGUUGAAGUGUGCUUUUACCUGUUUUAUAGUGGUGACAAUGCUGUAAUAUUUCCCUUUCUAGGUAUAAAUAAGUAGUUAAAAAGUAAUUUUAUGUUGAUGCUACUAUGAUGAAUGUUACUUCUGGUAAUUUUCUUUGAUUUGAUAAUUGAAAGUCACUAUAUGCAUCAA